AAGUGUUAAUCAUCCAGAUGACUGAAAAAUACAUGUGACUUAUCUACUAUGGUUACAAAGUUAGAAUGGGUUUAAACAAUGCAUUGGAUAUUUGGAUAUAACUCAAUGUGAGCAUUUAACAUAGGUUAGGAUUAUAUUUUGUCAAAUAUACUGUUGCUAUCAGGUUGCAGUAAUAUUGUAUUCGCUUGUCCUGAAGUUUAAAUAAAUUGUGUCGGUAAAAAUUCUUGUUAUAUAGGCUUCAAGCAUACUCUAUGACGUGAUGGUGUAAUUUAUUCAAUUAUAGUUCAUAAAUUACAUGGUGUUUAUCUAAUUGUCAAACCAUUGAAGAGUGCGCUAAAUAUACCUGAGGUAAUACAUAGAUAGUUCAAUAUUACAAACAAUGCAUUUAACAAACGUUUGAGAGAACUGUUGGUUCGAUUUAAUGAGGUAACACUUUUAAAGCUACGAACAACAUCUGAAAUAGACUUAACAUGUCGGACAGUCUGGAUGACAACUAUCACACACCGGAAGAGACUCUGUUGGAGGCGGCGUCAGGCAGCGACAUCCCCAUUAUAGUCCGCAUCAAUGAGACGUAUCAAAACGAGGACUAUGACGACUCAGGUUGGUUUGAGGACGGCUUAGAGAUAAUGGUCGAAGGGGUUCGCUCGAUCGCAUACGCCCGAAUACGGGUUUUAGAUGUACAUAACGAGAAAGACGCGCAAAAGGCGCACUAUGACGAUUUCGUGGGGGAGAGGCAAAUGUUCUUGGAUCAGGUGUACCUUAUACCUAUGAACGUCCCUUUGAAAUUGAAACGUGUCACCAGACCAGGGAAAUCAACAAAGUAUACUUCAAUCGCUCAGGUUAUAGAAGAUAUGCCGACGAAGCUUCUGGUCCACAAAGAUGUGAUUUCGAUCCCGCCCGGCGGCGGUCAGAACACUUUGGUUCCGGCCAACACGGUACUCACAGUUAAGCGCGUGUUUACGUGCUCUAUUGACACGGCGCAAUAUCUCCAGUGCUCGUUCCAAUCCAAGCACGUGUCAUUCAAGGACACAUUACGCGUGCAGUUCAGCGCCAUCGGCGACGACUCUCUUUACACAAUACGCUACUUGCAGAUGGCCAACGUGUUUCCCACAGUGUUCGAGUUUCAGAAUCCCAAACCAGACGACGUUGUGCACUACGUAAACUACGAGGCAAAUGUUGCGCUCACAGUUGCGGAAGGUCCGCUGGAGCUGCUGGGUACAGAGCACCUAAACGUUGUCAUCGCCUGGAAACGCCAACACGAAGCAAAAUCUUACAGUACGUUGGUCAUACCAGAGUCUCGCGCUAGAACGCUGAUGGUUCAGAAACAACAUUUUGAUGACAAAUUUACUAAGAACAACUAUAUGCAGAGAAAGUAUACGGCUUGCACAAAUCUGGAUUUUGUCUCCGACAAGUUGUAUUUACUACCGCAGGAUCCACCGAACGCUGUGUGUCUGAAAAGUCCAAAUCUUUUCUUCUACGACCCAAAAGCAUGUCGACUUCGCGUGGCAAAAGACGGCAUUACAUUCAAUCCCUCCACGGAUGACGAAUCAUACGACAGCGACUACACGGAAAUAGCGCCCCCUAUACCAGAACGAAUUCCAAUCACCUGCCGUCAGGCCUCUAAUAUUACUAAGAAGAAAAUCGGCCUUUUUCACAACGUUCAAAAUGGAAUCCAGAGAUUGUUUAAGAAACGUCUACCUCCCAAAAGACGAGAACAAAUGCGAGAACCAGGCGGGCAUCUUAGCAAUCCCAUGUACAGGCCUUUACAAUCUAUGCCAGUCAUUCUAACUGACGAAUCAGACAACAACGCAACCGGAGACGAAAUAAAAUAUCGGACACCCCCGGCUCCACCCCCGGAGAGCGCUGGCUCCCAACAAAUCACGGUAGCUACAAAAAGCGUUGUACCAACAUCGCGAAGAGAAAUGCGACCACUGAAGGAAAUAGUUUCCACCCACAGCGACGAGGAUUCAGGUGAAUAUAUAAUUCCAUGUCCCUUGGUACCUCCGCGACAUUGCCGCCUAUCAACUCCCAGUAGGCCGGCGCCGCCGAUUCCAAGCGACAAUAGCCAUGGUGACCAUGGGAUUGUUUCGAGCGCCUAUAUUAGCACCGAAACACUUUCGGCCUCUAAUCAAUCCGAACACGGCAAUGACAAACCAGGGUAUGAGACGAUAUCUCAGAAAGACAUGCAAAGCAUUCUGGGCCACGGAAGAACGUGUAAAGACUUUAACAGCUUGUCCGUAAAAGAACUAUACCACCUGUUAAAGCUUUGCAACCUUCAUGACAUCGCUAACAUUUGCUACAAGCACCUUUAUGAUGGGAAGUUCUUCGCAAACGAAGAUGUUCAGGAGCUCCUUCAAGAUCAACCGUUCAGUGCCUCUACCAUUCAGAUACGGAAGUUUAAAAGGCUCCAGGAUGGAUGGCGUCCUAACAUUUCAUCAUAGAGCGUGUAUCAAUGUUACAUUUAUAGUCAAACUAACUGAAAUAAUAAUUACAAUAUUUGAUAAAUGCAGCGAGUGUUAUUAUCUUAAUAGUUAUGUAUUGAACGUCUUACAAUCAUACGGUUUCAUCAUACGGUUUCAUUCAUUAAGAUUAUUUAAAUACAAGUAUUUAAUACACUGCAAUUAAAACUCAUCGAUGUACUUGUAUAAAAACUAAAUGUUAAUUUCUUUGAUUUGUAUUAAUACAUAACAAUAAGAUUAAUACAUAACAAUAUGCUUCUUGUGACGAUUAACUAUGCCAGUUGCAUGAAGCUUAACUAGUAAAUGCACAAUGUGUGUAUUAAUAAAUUGAUAAUGCGUAACG